UAAAUAACUCUAGCGCAGUUACAUUGAAGUUGAUGUCAAUGACAAAUUCAGUUUGUCAGAUGGUUUCGCUUCGAAGAGUGUAAUUUUCACUCCCCGUGCGUUGGUGGUCGGCGACUCGUAGAGAGUUUCGUGAGGUGUAGGUUGUAUGCUGAAGGGGUUCCCAUUGGGUGAUGGCGACUGUAGGAGACGUCGACGUGAUCGAAAAGUGUCCGGGACUUUACUGUGGUCGUACAUCUAGUCUCUCAGACUGUGGAGCUUGUCCUCGAGGCUAUCGUGUUAAUGAGUCAUCAGAGAUUUCACUGUGUGUCUCAUGUGAUGACAGUUUGUCCAAUGAGGAGUGGCUGUAUCUUGGAGCAAUGGCUUCGUUAUCACUACUUGCACAUGUGUUUGCCAUUAACUUUUAUGCCAGCAAAUCUGAAAGAAAACAUUUCAAUUGGCUGAGUUAUGUGUCUGCUGGAAUUGAAUUUUUUGUGGCAGCAAUUGUGUCGCUGCUGUUGUUUGAUCCUGUUGGUUCACUUGAUGUUAAGUCAUGUGGUGUGAGGAGGUUUUCCGACUGGUACACACUGUUCUUUAACCCCAAAAAACCUGAUUACAUAUCUACCAUUCAUUGCACUCAAGAAGCAGUGUACCCCUUGUACACUAUUGUUCUGACGUACUAUUUUUGGUCGUUGGUCAUGUUUUUGCUGCUACGGCCGAUAAUCACUGUGAAGUAUUCAUCUCAUAAGUCCGGCACUCUUCCACUCUUCUUUGGACUGUAUGCCAUUCCAAUUCUUGUGGUUGUCCACACAGUUCUGGGUGGAUUCUUAUUUUAUUCAUACCCAUACUUACUCUUAUUUUUUACAUUGUGGGCGACGGCGGCAGUCAUGAACUAUAAUGACAUCGAGACUCCCAGGAAACUUAUUGAAAACAGUGACAGUUUGGGUAUCCUAAUAAUCCAUUGUGUGUUAUAUGGCUACAGUAUAGCUGCCAUAACACGGGGCGUGGAGACAGAACUUUCUAGUCUUUACUUUCUGCUGGUUCCUGCUCCAGUCAUUUUGUACAUGUUGAUGGCAUUCUUUACCCAUCCUAGGAAAUUUACAGACUGACUAGUGUGUGUAGCUAUACUUUCCAUGUUAUUUAAUUAGCAUUGAAUUAAUUAACCAAGAUGUC